GACUUUUGCACAAUAUUCUAAUUUUCCGAGUUUCACCUGUAUAUAUACAUAUAAGUUCAACAAGAAGGUGCAUGGAUCAAGCAGGGUUUAUACUUAGCGAGUCAAGCUAUUAAUAUUAAACUAACUAAGUACUUUGAUGUGGUGCUUGUCCCUAAAUUUAGACGAGCCCUCACUUUAGCGCGCUUAAAUGUUCUUCCUACAGCGGUAUUGGAUGGCAGAUUUAAGGGAGUUCCGCUAUUUUUACGACAUUGCCCAUUUGGCAAAGGGGUUAUAGAAUCCACCUCGCAUGUUAUUCUUUACUGUGAUUUGUAUAGUGAACCCCGUUUAAGACUUAUACCUCCUAUGUUAGAUAAUUUGCCUGGCCGGUCUGAUGAAUUUUAUUUAAAUUAUCUUUUAAUUAAUGUGGACACUGAUAUGAUCUCUGUUGUGGCCAGGUUUUGUUAUAUUAUUUGUAAAAUACGUACUGGUUUAUUGUAAAUGUUUGCUGGUCAACGACCGAAUAAACUUAUAUCUAUAUCUAUCUAUCUCCUUGGGCUGCUGCUGGGGCUUUGGCUGCUGCUGCUGCUAUAUAGGGCAGGCUAGCCCAAGGGCCUGGGGGAAGAAGACAGAAGGAGAACAGCUUGGGUGGGGCACUGACUGACUGCUGUCUUUGCCCCUGCCCCACCUUUUCCUCAGGUGUGUGUAACAUCUCCUUGGGCUGCUGCUGGGGCUUUGGCUGCUGCUGCUGCUAUAUAGGGCAGGCUAGCCCAAGGGCCUGGGGGAAGAAGACAGAAGGAGAACAGCUUGGGUGGGGCACUGACUGACUGCUGUCUUUGCCCCUGCCCCACCUUUUCCUCAGGUGUGUGUAACAUCUCCUUGGGCUGCUGCUGGGGCUUUGGCUGCUGCUGCUGCUAUAUAGGGCAGGCUAGCCCAAAGGCCUGGGGGAAGAAGACAGAAGGAGAACAGCUUGGGUGGGGCACUGACUGACUGCUGUCUUUGCCCCUGCCCCACCUUUUCCUCAGGUGUGUGUAACAUCUCCUUGGGCUGCUGCUGGGGCUUUGGCUGCUGCUGCUGCUAUAUAGGGCAGGCUAGCCCAAAGGCCUGGGGGAAGAAGACAGAAGGAGAACAGCUUGGGUGGGGCACUGACUGACUGCUGUCUUUGCCCCUGCCCCACCUUUUCCUCAGAUGUGUCUGGGGGAGCAAAAAAGUGGGUCUGGAGCGGGGGCGGCAAUAUCACAGGUAGCGGGCAGAGGGAGGUAUGGCGGUGGGAGUUGGGCGGGCCGUUACUGGGGAAAUCGGUCCAGGCAAUUGAGGCCUGUUCCUUUUUCUGGGCCCUCUCCCAACCCUCUGACCCUAGGGAGCUCUGAGAACACUCCCUCGAGGAUUAGGGUGCUGCUGCUGAAUGCCAGGUCAGUUAAUGCAAAAACAUCUCUUAUCCACGAUCUGAUUGUGGAUGAGCAUGCUGACCUGGUAUGUGUGACGGAGACCUGGUUGGAUGCGCUGGGCGGGGUUGGUCUCUCUCAGCUUUGUCCUCCAGGUUUCCAGAUUGUGCAGCAGCCCCGCCUCGAGGGUCGGGGAGUAGGCGUUGCAGUCAUCUUUCGAGAGACCAUCCCCGUUUCCAGGUGCCCGGUCAGGCAAUCUCAGAAUUUCGAGUGUUUGUCCUUGAGGGUGGGCCUCCGAGAUAGGCUGGGGAUUCUGUUGGUGUACCGACCACCCCGCUGCACUUCAGUCUCCCUACCUGAGCUGGCGGGGGUGGUCUCGGAGGUGGCCUUGGGUUCCUCCAGGCUUAUUGUUUUGGGGGAUUUCAAUGUCCACGCUGAGGCCCCCCUAGUGGGUGCGGCUCAGGAUUUCAUGGCCUCCAUGGCAACCAUGGGCCUGUCUCAAUUGGUAUCCGGCCCUACCCACGUGGCGGGACACACUAUGGAUCUGGUUUUUGCCGACCGGGAAAUAAAUGAUCUGGAGGUGGGGGAAUUUGAGACGACUCCCUUGUCAUGGACAGAUCAUCACCUGGUGGGGUUUAGUUUGACUGCUCCGUCUGCCCUCUGCAGGGGUGGUGGGCCGAUUAAGAUGGUCCGCCCCCGGAGGCUUAUGGAUCCGCUUGGAUUCCAGACGGCCCUCGGGGAGUUUCCAGUGUCCAGAGCUGGUGACCCUGUCGACGCCUUGGUUGAUCUCUGGAAUGGAGAGAUGGCCCAGGCUGUUGACACGGUUGCCCGCAAGCGCCCUCUCCGGCUUAGUGGAGCCCGUUCCGCUCCUUGGUUUUCCUCGGAGCUUAGGGCGAUGAAGCAACUCGGACGACGGCUGGAGCGACGCUGGAGGAAGAGUCGUCACGAAUCCAAUCGAACACGGGCUAGAACCCAUUUUAGGGACUACGCCGUGGCGGUGGGGGCGGCGAAGAAACAUUUUUUCUCCGCCUCCAUUGCGUCUGCUCAGUGCAGGCAAACAGAGCUGUUUCGUGUGGUGAAAACAUUGCUCCACACAUCCCCCCGGACAAUGGGGGAGGAGCCAUCUACAGCUCUUUGUGAUCGGUUUGCCUGUCACUUUGCAGAUAAAGUUGCUCGCAUCCGUGCUGACCUGGACUCCAGAGUUUUGGCAGUUCCGGCAGACGUGCCUUUGGUACCAUCUGGUCCUGUUGUGUUGGAUUCUUUUCGGUUGGUGCGGCCUGAGGAUGUGGACAAGAUCCUGGGCAGUGUGCGGGCGACUUCGUGCGCUCUUGACCCUUGCCCUUCAUGGCUAAUAAAAGCUGCCAGGGAGGGGACAGGCAGAUGGCUGGAGGUGAUGGUUAAUGCUUAAUUAAGGGAGGGCAGGAUGCCAUCGUGCCUUAAGGAGGCGGUGGUAAGACCUCUAUUAAAAAAGCCCUCCCUUGAUCCCUCCAGCCUGGACAACUAUAGACCUGUGUCUAACCUGCCCUUUUUGGGCAAGGUGAUGGAGCGUGUGGUGGCGUCCCAGUUGCAGAGGGUCUUGGAUGAUACGGAUUAUCUGGACCCUUUUCAAUCCGGCUUCCGCCCUGGGUAUGGGACUGAGACUGCCUUGGUCGCUCUAGUGGAUGACCUACGCCGGGAACUAGACAGGGGGAGUGCGUCCCUGUUGGUUCUGCUGGACCUCUCGGCGGCGUUCGAUACCAUCGACCAUGGUAUCCUUCUGGGCCGCCUCUCGAGUAUGGGAAUCGGAGGCACUGCGUUGCAGUGGUUCCGGUCCUUUCUUGAGGGGAGGGUCCAGAAGGUGGUGCUGGGGGACUACUGCUCGGCCCCGUGGCCGUUGGCCUGUGGGGUCCCGCAGGGUUCGGUCUUGUCCCCCAUGCUGUUUAACAUCUACAUGAAGCCGCUGGGAGAGGUCAUCCGGGGAUUUGGACUGAGUUGUCAGCAAUAUGCGGAUGACACUCAGCUCUAUCUCUCCUUGUCAUCUGAUCCUAGGGAGGCGGUGGAUGUCCUGAACCGGGGACUGGAGGCCGUGAUGGGUUGGAUGUGGGCUAACAAACUGAAAUUGAAUCCGGAUAAGACGGAGGUGCUGUUGGUGAGUAGGAGAGCCAAUUGGGAUGUGGAGAUUUUAUCAGUUCUGGAUGGGGUUGCACUCCCCUUGAAGGAACAAGUACGCAGCUUGGGGGUACUACUGGACCCGGCUCUGCUCUUGGAAGCUCAGGUGGAGGCGGUGGCCAGGGGUGCCUUUGCACGGCUUCGGCUGGUGCACCAGCUGCGUCCCUUUCUCGAGAAGGCAGAUCUGGCCACAGUUACCCACGCCUUAGUCACGUCGCGGCUGGAUUACUGUAACGCGCUCUACGUGGGGCUGCCCUUGAAGAAUAUCCGGAAACUGCAGCUAGUGCAAAACGCGGCAGCGAGGGUGCUAUCCAGAGCUGCCCGUUGGGAACAUAUCACCCCCAUUUUGAAAGAGCUGCACUGGCUACCGGUUCGUUUCCGGGUCCAAUUCAAGGUGCUGGUUUUGACCUUUAAAGCCCUAAACGGUUUGGGCCCGGGGUAUUUGAGGGACCGCCUGCUCCCAAGGGUUGCUGCCCGCUUGAUGAGGACAUCUGAGGGGGCCCUGCUCCGGGUGCCGACAAUGAGAGAGGCCCGGCUGUCGUGCACUCGGGACAGGGCCUUCUCUGUUGCUGCCCCCAGACUCUGGAAUGCUCUCCCAGUGGUCAUUCGCUCCUCGGACUCCAUCAUGGCUUUUAGAAAGCUUGUAAAGACUUGGCUUUUUACCCAGGCUUUUACAUAAUCGUUUUUACUGCUGCUUCUGGGUGUUUUUAUUUCUUGUAUUGUUUUAUGCCUGUUUUUAUAUGUUUUUAUACUCUUGCAUGUUGUUUUUAUUGUGUUUUUAUUGUAUGUUUUUAACUUUUGUAAACCGCCUUGGGGCUAUAUUUUAACGAAAGGCGGUAUAAAAAUGCAAAAAUAAAUAAAUAAAUAAAUAAAAUCUACA